AUGUCUCAUCCCGCCCCACACAACUGGAGCGACAACAUACCACUCGCACUCCUCGAAAUUCGCGCAGCUGUUAAGGAAGAAAUUCAAUGCACUGCCGCCGAUCUCGUUUAUGGCACAUCCGUCCGCUUACCUGGUGAGCUCGUGCAGUCUUCCUCGGUCGCCCCUGACGCCACAACCACCUUCGUGCAACAGUUGCAGCAAUGCAUUGCCGCACUGCACCCGACCCCCACGCGCUCGCCACCUCGACGUGUUUUCGCGCACGAGGAUCUGAACACAACCCCACAACGCAGUCCGCAGGCCCCUUUGCCCACCCUACGAUGGUCCACUAAAGUGCUGGAACGGAAAGACAAAUAUGUCGUCAUUCAAAGGGCUGAUGCUACCGAUACUGUCUCCAUCGAUAGACUGAAGCCGGCCUAUGUUGAAUGCCCAUCGCCACCACCUGGCCCGUCCACUCCCACGGCAACUUUACCCUGCACUCCACCUGCCCCCUCCAGUCCACCGCCACCCUCGACAACUGACCCUACCCACAUCCCUAUCACCUCCCCUCCCGUCCCUCCCCUACCUUCCACUCGUUCCGGUAGACAUGUUCGUUUUCCUACGAACUUGCGAGACUAUGUUGUUUAA